AUGCUUACAAAUACCAGAUUAUUUAUUUGGGGGAUAAAGUUCCAAAGGCCUGUCCACCAUGCUAACAUCUACUUGAAAAAGAUUGCCUCUAAUAUCGGUCAUUCUAGCAGUGAAGAAGAGUGCAAAUUCACCUGCGCCAGUGGUAAAUGCUUGUAUCUUGGUUCAUUGAUUUGUAACCAACAGAAUGACUGUGGGGAUAACAGUGAUGAAGAGAACUGUCUGCUUGUAACAGAGCAUCCACCUCCAGGCAUCUUUAGCUCUGAACUGGAGUUUGUUCAAAUCAUCAUUAUAAUUGUGGUGAUAACUGUUAUGGUGGUAGUGAUCAUCUGCUUGUUGAACCAUUACAAACUUUCAACACGCUCCUUUAUCAACCGACAGAGCCAAAGCAGAAGACAGGAAGAAACUCUGCAGACGGAAGGGUGCUUGUGGCCUUCAGAAAGCUCGGUUUCGCGCCAGGGUGCUUCAGAGAUCAUGUAUGCUCCAAGGUCCAGGGACAGGUUUACUGCCCCGUCUUUUAUGCAGCGGGACCGUUUCAGUCGCUUCCAGCCCACUUACCCUUACAUGCAGCAUGAGAUUGACCUUCCUCCAACCAUCUCCCUCUCUGACGGGGAAGAGCCACCGCCGUACCAAGGCCCGUGCACCCUGCAGCUCCGGGACCCAGAACAGCAGAUGGAGCUCAACCGGGAAUCUGUCAGGGCACCACCCAACCGAACCAUUUUUGAUAGCGACUUGAUAGACAUCUCAAUGUACAAUGGGGGCCCCUGCCCACCAAGCAGCAAUUCGGGCAUAAGUGCAACCAACUAUAGCAGUAAUGGAAGGAUGGAAGGACCACCCCCGACGUACAGCGAGGUCAUGGGCCAUUACCCAGGCUCCUCUUUUUUCCAUCACCAGCACAGCAACGCGCCUCCUUCCUCACAGAGGGGGAGCAGACUUCAGUUUCAGCAGAACAAUUCAGAGAGCACAAUAGUCCCCAGCAAAGGCCAAGACCGGAAACCAGGAAACCUGGUCUAAAGUUACUCGCCCAGGUGCAUUUGAACUGAAGACAAGAGAUUGAAGCAGAGCGGUGGAGGAAGACCCCCAUGCUCCGGUGCACAAUGUUGUUACGUUUCACGUGGUACAACUUAGUAAAACCAAACGUGCAAACCA